UUUGCCUUGCAAACCAACUACAGUACUAAUAUAAUAGCCUCCAUCGAUCCAUCUGCUUAAUUAGCCAGUAGUAGACUCUUUCUUUAAAAAGCCAACAAAACUAACUAACCUGUCACCAUCUCCAUCAAAAUACUAAUAGUAUAGAUACAUGAUGAUGGCCUCCGCCGCCUCCGAGAGUAAGAAGAAGAGUAACAAGACUAGCGGUAGCGGCCCUGCUGCUGCUGCUGCGACGCCGACGGCGACUGGCCCCCAUCGUCGGCCCGUGCCCAAGCCCAAGCCGCCGGUGGUGAUCGCGGCGCACGAGUGCCCCAGCGCGAUGCGCGCCCGCAUCCUGGAGGUGCCCCCGGGCCGCGACGUCCUCUCGUGCGUGUCGGCGUUCGCGCGGCGCGGGCGGCGGGGCGCGCUCGUGCUGGGCGCUGCCGGCCACGUCGCCGACGUCGUGCUCCGGGACCCCUCCGCGCUCGUGCUCCGCGGCACCAUGGAGAUACUGAGCCUGGCCGGCUGCUUCUUCCCUUUCUCCGCGUCGGCGGGGACGGCGGCGGUCUUCCUGGCUGGGCCGCGGGGGACCGUGCUGGGCGGCGCCGUAGUGCCGGGAGGGCUGGUCGCCGCCGGGCCGGUGGUGGUCGUGGUGGCCACCUUUGUGGCGGCCGCGCUCGACAGGCUGCCGCUGCUCUUGAUCAAGGGGGAGGAGCCCCACCACGGCUGGCCGGUGGUGUGCCCGAACCCAAAGCAACAGCGGCCAGCUGAUGAGUAGCUAGUGAAAUCCCUGGAACUCGUCUCGAAUGAUGAUGACUACAGAGGCCUGACACGUUUCUCCCGGCUACGUUUGGAUUAUAAUCUAAGCGAAAAUUUUCUCGCUUCUCACUUUUCACUUCUCGUAGUUCAAAUCUCUGAAGCGGUUUACCACAUAAGCGAGAAUCGGUGGAAAUAAGCAAAGCGUUUGGCGGGAUUCUCGCUUAUAUCCACCGAUAAACUGCUUAUAAGCGGAAACAAAUGGGGGCAGAGCCACCGAAAUUAAUUGUACUUCAACCAUUUUUUUACCUUUAGGUAACUGACGUCUUGAUUGAUUGAUCAAAUAAA